AGUAAAAAAUAGAAGGAAGCGUAAAAAUGUUCAGAAAUAAAAAUGAGAGCAUUGUGUAUAAGUGCACAGUAAGACUGCUUGAGGAUGCUGAUAUACUUGAAUGUGAAUUUCAGUCUUUUCAUAGAGGCAGCUAUUUGGUGGAAUACAUAUGCGAACAAUUGGAAAUUAACGAAAAAGAUUAUUUCGGCUUACGUUAUGUUGAUGCUUCAAAGCAGAGGCAUUGGUUAGAUUUGGGCAAAUCCAUAAUAAAACAAUGCAAAGACAUAGAUCCAUUUCUGUUCUCUUUUAGAGUGAAAUUUUAUCCCGCGGAUCCAUUCAGACUAACAGGAAACGGACGAUUAAUGCUUUAUCAGCAGUUAAAGCGCGAUUUACGUCAUGGACGUUUAUAUUGUUCAAUUGGUGAAGCUGCCGCUUUGGGUUCGCUCAUAGUCCAGGAGGAGCUCGGUGAUUAUGAUGAAGUAGUGCAUAUAGGAGACUAUGUAUCCUCUUUGAAUUUGGCAUUGCGUCAGACAGAAGCACUCGAGAAGAAGAUCAUGGAUUUGCAUAAAAAACGACAACCAUAUCAAGAUUCCAGCGUAGCUAUGGACGAAUUUAUGGGUAUUGCGCGUGGCCUCGAAACUUACGGUAUUGAUCCUCACCCGGUAAAAGAUCAUCGCGGAUCCCAAUUAUACAUUGGUAUCAAUUAUUCCGGUAUCAGUACAUUUGUUUCCGGUAAACGAUCCCAACAUUUUCGUUGGAAUGAAGUGCACAAAUUAAAUUUCGAGGGUAAAAUGUUCAUUGCUCAUCUCAGCUAUACAGACGCUAGCAGAGAGCCAAAGAAACACACCAUAGGUUUUAAAUGCUCAUCCAAUGCAACAUGCAGAUAUCUAUGGAGAUGUGCCAUUGAGCAAAUGUUGUUCUUCACGCUUCCUAAUAGUCAGCAUGCAGCCGUUGUAUCCGGUGGUGGAUUCUUUUCGUGGGGCACUAAAUUCAAGUAUACCGGACGUACUGAACGUGAGAUACUUACUGAAAGUAUUAAUGCACUGCGUAAACAAAAGAUGACCAAUUCUGAGGCUAGCAAACGUAAAGCGAGCAGUGUACCAGCUACACCUUCCAGUCCCCAAGGCGACCUAGCACAAAUCCGUAAACUUUUGCGUAAUUCAUAUAUAGCAUCAGACGAUUAUAAACAUUUAAAUUUACAUUCAGGCUAUAGCAGUUUACCGCGUUCGACAAUGUCUGAACCGUUGGGGAACUGUCAUAUGGCAACAACAGAUAGUUUAGGCAAUAUUGUUUAUAGCAAUCAUCCACAUGACGUUAUGGGUGGCGGGGGAGCAGUUCAAAUACCUAGCCUUGAGCCGGUUUCUGAAGAAGCUCGCUUACGCGCCUCAUCAAACCUCGAUAAUCUUCAUCAAUCUAUAGCAAGUAUAGGUAACGGUGGUGAAGCAGGUGAAUAUUAUUUAAAAGGUGAUGCUAUUGAAUAUUCCGCACCGGAAUGCGCUGCGAUUAAUAAUCUAUGCGAAGGAAGAUUGUCGCACCAAAGCACCAAAAACAAACGAAAUGAAUAUCAUUCGUACGGUCAGCAACAUCAGGUUGCGUAUGCGAGUGCUUGCCCAACUGUAUCAGAUGCUUCCAAAUCCGCCACCCAGGGAAAAGGAGUGGAGAACCAAUACGAUCGGCAAAACGCUGCCAAUUGUGCCAAAGGCGUGCGAAAAUUCCGUUUUCUAAAUGCUUUCAUUCCAUCCUUUUUAUUUGUCAUUUUCGCAAUGACAGUGUCUGCCGUCGUUAUUUUAGAAUCGGAAUCAGAAAUAUUUGAAAGGAUUCGCAAUAUGCCCGAAAUGAUUAGUCUACGCUAUCAGUAUUAUCAGCCUCUAAAGGAGUAUGUGUUGCAAAAGUUUGGCCGUAAAUCAUAAAGCAACAAUUUGCAACGUGAUGUGUUCAAUUCAAGCGAAUAUUUGUUCAGCCAUACAUACAUACAUACAUACAUACAAUGUACAUAAGCACAAAAAUGAAAAUAUUACACAAAAUCUUCAUAUUUCUAUACGCUUGUUUCAUUU